UUUUAUUUAAACCAUAUAGUUUCCUCAACACUGGCCCAACAAUUGAAACCAAAUCAAGAGGAUCCUUGUAAAGUUAAAGGUCGUGUCGUUGGUGAUGUUACAUAUUGUGACCGCUAUUGGGAGUGUGUCAAUAAUCAACCGGAAUUGUAUGAUUGUCCAAAUGGUCUUGUCUUUGCCGGUAAACAUCGCGGUGUUACGGAAGGCUGUGAUUAUCCAUGGCGUGCCAACUAUUGUGAGGAUAAGCAAUUAGCAAAUGGUCCCAUUUCCACAGAACAUUGCGACUGGUUGUAUGGUAUAUUUGGUCAUGAAACAUCAUGCACACGUUAUUGGACUUGUUGGAAUGGUACAGCAACAGAGCAGUUAUGUAUUGGUGGUUUACUCUACAAUGAGAACGCUCACAGCUGCGAUUGGCCUGAAAAUGUCGAUGGUUGUCAAAAACAUCCUCUUUGCAAUGAGGAUGCUAAUGGUAAUGUUCCUUUGGGUAAAUCAUGCAAUCGUUAUUGGCAAUGUCAGGGUGGUUAUCCACGUUUACAACGUUGCCCAGCCAUGCUUGUCUUCGAUAGGCAUUCAUUACGUUGCGUUGUGCCACCAACAGAAGAAUGUGAUAUCCCAACAACACCGACUCCUCUAGAUGGCGAUGGUGAAAAUAACAAUGUCAGCGGUGGUCAUUCAGCGAAAGAUGAACAGGAACGUAAGUUGGCCAAUGAAGGUGUACCACCAUUACCAUUACAAGGAAAAAACUUCCAAAGAGCCAGAAACUAAAAUUUUAAACACAAAAAAUAACAGCAACAAACAACUCAAACUUAAGGCUAUAGAAGGAAAAGGAAGUGGUCUUAGCAAACGCCCAAACAAAGGGAAAACUACAUUUACUACAAAUUUUCAUAAAAAAAAAAUAAAUAAAUUUAACAAAAAAUAAUAAAAUA